AAACAAAUAAGAUUUUUUAUACAUACCUACAUUUAUAUUAUGGUUGUGUAGUAAAACGUCAAAAUGUCCAGUGCAAUGAAAUUCAUGACGAAAUUUUCGCAACCAUAACGAAAUAAUCUUAUCGGUAUUAAAACAACGGCAUUAUAAAACAAUUCUCUUUAUUAACAUCAAUAUGUUAUCGUGUUAGUGACGUUUCGUUGCGUGCGCGAAGCCCUUCGUUCCACCUAAGCGAAGAUUUAUACAAUAAUAUUUAUUCAGUUGUAUGAAAAUCGUAAUUUUUACGUCACUGUAAAUAAUUUGGCAGUGUUCCUCUGUUUGUGGUGUUUGUUGACUCACAAUAGCUUUAGAAGUGGCGUUGGCAACAAGCUAGUACAAAAGUGACCUUGGGCGUAACAAUAACAGCUGUUUGCAUAAAUGGAUUCGUUCUUCAGUCUGUUCGACCCCUCGGAGGGUAGUCAGAACAAGCCGAAGAACAAAAAGAGACACAAACCUGAACAGGACACCGUUAAGAAGAAACCUGACGCACCUAAGGGACGCAGAAGAGGCCGCAAGUCCGCGGUGAAGAACGAGACGUUACCGGAGGAGUCCUCUUUCCUCUGCGAACCCGACCUCAGCACCGAUCUCCUAGUGAAAGACGUUAGCUAUAUAGAAAACUUCAUCGAGAUUAACAAGAAGGAAGAUGAUAAAACAGACCCCGACAAGAAACCGAGACGAAGAAACUCCGGACGCAAAUGCAGACGGAAAAAGAACAAAAUCUCCCCCCUUAAAGACUUACCCAAUCAGGCCUGGGUAGAAACCAACCCAGACAGCAAUUUGGAAACGAAAAAUUGGAACAACCAACUUUUAGUCCAGAAAAUUUGUGACGAGAACAUUGGAAAAAAUGUGAACGAUUUAAAAAAUGAAAUGAAGAUUAAAAAUAAGAGGAAUGAAGUGUCGAGUAUCGAUAAGUUUCGUGAUAGGGAUGUGUAUAAUGUUAUCGAUAAAUUGGAAAAGGUUAUUUUGAAGGAUGAUAUGUAUCUGGCGGGGGAUUUCGAUGCUAACGACUUGGAAAAUGAUUUCUUCUAUAGUUCAGAUGAUUUGGAAGAUUUUAUUGAUGAUUCUACGUCAGAGCCGGACGACUCGGGCGACGAGGUGUACGGCAGCCUGCCGCCCGAGCCCAGGUUCGGUAACGUCGAGUAUAAGCUGCAACUGGUCUCGCUGUGCGAGAGGAGAUUCCAGCAUCUUGUCACACAGUUAAAAUGGCGUCUCCGAUCUGGUGGUGGCAGCGCAGUAUACGUGUUGGGAGUGAGAGACUGCGGCGCUCUGGUCGGGCUCCGAGCGAGAGCCCUGCGAGGCUCGCUCGUCACUUUACGUAGAAUGGCCGGGGCCCUUGGCGCCACACUCACGCACGUCACCGCGAGACGCGUCGCGCCACAUCGAGCAGUUGCCGAAGUAUACGUUCGAAAGUUACCGGACCCGAAACAGAGCGUAGAACUGCGAGUGGCCGUGAUGGGAGCCAACGAAGCUGGCAAGUCCACGCUGAUAGGAGUACUGACUCAAGGUGAAUUGGACAACGGCAGAGGCAGUGCACGACUGAACAUGUUCCGACAUCUGCACGAGGUUAAGAGUGGGAGGACAUCGUCACUCAGCCACGAGAUACUCGGGUUUGAUGCCCAGGGUAACGUGGUAAACUACGGAUGUUCAGAGCUGAUGACGGCCGAGAGGAUCGGCGAGAGGAGUGCCAAGCUGGUGUCGUUCCUGGACCUCGCGGGACACAGCAAGUACCAGCGGACCACGCUGCACGGCCUCACCGGGUACUCGCCGCAUUACGUCAUGCUAGUGAUCUCAGCGACAGCCGGUAUAACCCCGAUCACCGAAGAACACAUCAGCCUCCUCUCAGCGCUGGACCUGCCAUUCUUCGCCGUCAUCAGCAAGUGCGAGCUCGCAGCCACCGCCGUUAGACCGUUGACCGCCCGACUGGCCGAGCUACUGGCUGCUAGCAAUAAGAAACCUCUACUGAUCACCGACGAGAACCUCGCGAGGAACUGCGUGGCUCCUCAGAAGCUGAUCAUUGACGCACUCGACCAUAGCAAGGAGGAAACUAUCGGCGAGUCGUCGGUGAUCCCAGUGUUCCCAGUGUCGAGUGUCCGCGGCGUGGGGCUGAGCGCGCUGCACGCCUACCUGCUGGCGCUGCGACACCCGCAGUCUAACGCCACGCAUAGGGCUGAGGAUGAAACGUGUGAGUUCCAAAUAGACGAGAUAUUCCACGUGGGGGACAACUCCGGCCCCGUCGUGGGGGGACUCCUAGCUAGGGGACAGCUAAGGGAGGGAGAUAAUGUUAUCAUAGGCCCCCUAGAAGACGGAUCAUUCGCCCCCACGUCCGUCCGCUCAAUAUACCGCAACCGCGCGCCGUGCGGCUGGGUGCGCGCCGGGCAGUGCGCCAGCGUGGGGCUGUGCGCGGGGGCGCAGCCCCGCCCCGGCAUGGUGCUGCUGGCGCCGCCGCGCAGGGCUCCCAGGCGGCCCGCCUUCGGAGCCUGCGCCCCCGGCGAGUGUAAGCAGGGUAACCAGCUAAAACAGCUAAUAGAACAAAACCUCACAGAAAAGACGAAGAAUCGCAAAAACGUGCGGCGAAAAAACAAGAAUCUACUCGGCGACGUGGAAUCGGACGAGCGAGCCAAAGACAUAGUGAUUGAUAGUACUAUGUUGUAUGACGAUAAUGUUAACGAUGCCAAGUAUGACGACUGUGUGUGUGCUGAUAAAGUCCUGCUUGAAGAUCCUAAUGAUCCAAGGGGGUGUAUUUAUUUUCAGGCGUCAGUCCACGUGCUCCGCCACUCGACCGUCAUAUACCCCGGCUUCCAGUGCACCGUGCAUGUCGGCAACGUCAGGCAGACCGCCAUUAUCGAGGGUAUAAUGUCCCUGCACAGCGUGCUUCGUGCGGACGAGCGCGCGUCCGUGCUGUUCCGGUUCGUGCGCUGCCCCGAGUACCUGGUCAGGGGACGGCGGCUGCUGUUCACCGCCGGACUUGGGACCAGAGGCAUCGGCCGGAUCACUCAAGUAUUCCCCUACGUACCUUGAACACCAACCUCAUCAAAUUCGGUCAAGCAAUUUCGUAUAAUACGACUUUACAAGUAAACUAACAGAUCUGUUGUCUCGCUCUAACGUAGUGGCAUUCUCAUGGGAUAGAAAGGGAUGGAGAAUGAUCGUUUUGGAAUUUAAUAAUAAUAAUCACCACUCGCUUUGUCUAGCAGUAUUUUUUUAAUUUUUCAUAACUUUUUAAGAUAUUUUUUUAAUAAUUGACGCCUAUUGUAGUUAUUUAGAUAUAAUUCUUUAAGUAAAUCUGUGUCGGGUUCGAUUCCCGGUUAAGGUAUUCAUUGAGAUGGUCACUGUCUAUCAAGGGGUUUGAUUCUCGAUUAAAACAAUAAUUUGACAUUUCCCCUAUUACAUGGGACUUAUAACACAAAUGUUGAAAAGUGGGUGUACAUUGUAUAGCGGCAUUACGUGUCGUAAUGUGCACCUCUGUCUACCCCUUCGGGGAUAAAAGGCGUGACGUUGCCAUAUAAGCUAUAUAUUAUGUGAAUUUAUUCAUUAAUAAUCUAAAUAACUCAAUAGGCGUUAGAAUUAAAUUUAAAAGUGACAGUCCACUGCUGGACUACGAGCCUCCUCUACAUAAGAGGGUUUGCCAUAAUCUCCGCAGGCAGGCGGGUUGGAGAUCGCAGUGUAAAAGGUUCAGGUUUAUCAGAGAGCGCUGCUGGACAAUCUCUGUCUUUAAAUUCCCGUGGGUAUAAGAAACCCGUGGGAAUAGUAGCGGUGGUCACCACAAUCAUUAUUCUAGUCGAUACAGCGAAUGGUUUAAAUGUUAAAUGUAAAUCUUUAAAUGUAAUAUUACGUGAUUCAUUUCAUUAUACAAUUUUAACACAUUUUUUAUGUUAUAUAUUAUAGUUAAAUAUGUAAUAUAUGUUACAUAGUUAUAUAUUUCUCGCUAUUAUGACAGCUUUACAUUUUGAUUUGCCCGGGAAUUGAAUGUGUGACUCUAUAUGUGUACAUUUUCUUCUUAUGUAUAAUUUCUUUAAACUAUCCAUUUUAUAAUUUCUAAUAUAUUAGAAUUAAAUAUAUAUUAUAUCUAUCAUUCUUUAUUAGACAAAUGGUUGUCAAGCAGUCACAGGUUCCAUUCCCGGGUCAGUCAAAGUAUUAUUGUGAAGCAAAUACAAAGAGGAGAUGUCAUAACUGAAUUUCCCUUUAACAUAACGCGUGACACUUUACGGGGAGCGCGGGACGUUAACCUACUUCUGUGUUUACCCUCUCUGCUCGGCUCCUAUUGAUAGUAGCGUGAUGUUUUAUAUACCAUAGCCUUCCUUAAUAAAUGGGCUAUCCGACACAAAAAGAAUUAUUGAAUUCUGAUCAGUAGUUUCUGAGAUAUUCGCGAUACAAACAGACUAUUCAGCUUUAUAUAUUAGCAUUGAUUCGCACUAUGUAUUAGCUAAAGUAUUUAAUAUAGGUAAAUAUAUUAAAAUUAUUGUGUCCAGUAUAUGGCAAUAGGCUCACCCCCUGUUACAUGGGACUUAUAACACAAAUGGUGAAAAUUGGGUGUACAUUGUAUAGCGGCAUUACGUGCCGUAAUGUGCAUCUCUGCCUACCCCUUCAGGGAUAAAAGGCGUGACGUUGCUUUUAUAAAAAUUGACGAAAGUCGUUAGUGACUAUAUUUUGAAACAGUAAUUCUUAUUUUCAGAGCGAGAGCUUAGAUAUAUCGCUAUCUCUCUCACGCUUAUGUAUUUUAAUAGAUAAAUAGUAUCUUUUAUCCUUUUUCUUCUUUCUACAUAUGAAUACAUAAUAUAUUUGUCGUAUUGAAUAAAUAAUCAAUCUUUAAUUCUAAAAUAUCUGUUUUUUAAAUCAAAAUAUUAAAUUAUUCAUUUUGACUGUAUACAUAUAAAGUGUUCUAAAAGUAUCUGCCACGGCUUUAAUGGGAGGUAGUGUUGUGUUUGAACAUUACAAUAGUGAAGACAUUUCGUACCUCGGACCAGUUAAUUCAAUUUGAGAACAUAAAGAAGUUAAAUAAACGUUGACUCUACUCUGCAUAAAGUGGUUCACAAAUACACACGAUGCGACAGAGACAGUGAAAGAGAUAGCUCUAUCAUAAUAAACUCAUAGGUAAGAAAAAAAAUACUCAUAAUCAAUAAUUUAUAUUUACUAUUGUAAUCUUCAAACACAACACUACCUCCCAUUAAAGCCGUGGCAGAUACUUUUAAAGCUUCUUAUAUAAGUGUCCACUGCUGACCAAAGCCCUCUUCUCAUACGGAGAAGGUUUGAGCAUUAAUCACCACGCUUGCUCAAUGCGGGUUGGCGAUUUGAAACUUAUAAUUAGAAAUUAUAAGCCCAGGUUUCCUCACGAUGUUUUCCUUCACCGUUUGUCAGUGGUGUCUAAAUAAUCUUGUAUGAAAUUAGUAUUUUUCUUAAAUUAAUAUUCUUAUUGACUUAAACUGUGUUUAAGUAAAUUUAUUUAUUUAUAAAAUUAUAAAUAAUGACAUAAAUAUUUAUUAGACUGCCUCGUUGGUCGAGUGGUCGCAAGUGCGACUGCCGGACAAGGGGUCUCGGGUUCAAUUCUCGUGUCGGACAAAGUAUUGCUGGACUUUUUUGAAAAUUUCUCAGUAGUAGCACGGAGUCUGGAAUUGUGUCCAGUAUAUAGCAAUAGGCUCACCCCCUAUUACAUGGGACUUAUAACACAAAUGGUGAAAAGUGGCAUUACGUGCCGUAAUGUGCACCUCUGCCUACCCCUUCGGGGAUAAAAGGCGUGACGAUACGAAUAAAUAUUUAUUUAUAUAUAAAUUAAAUUAUAAAUCCUUAAUUAUAUGUACAGCGUCUUUACUGAAUGCUUUGUUAGAAUGGGUAAGCGGGUUCGAUUCUUGGUUAGUUAAAAGUUACAAUUGUGAUUUUUAUUUUUUUAAUAUUAUGUUAUUGCAUCAGUUGUAGGUAGUUUCGUUAUUAUAAAGAAACGAGUCAAAUAACUCAUUUAAAAUCAAUCUAUAAGUACAUUUCUCAUAUAGUUCUUAUGUCUUCACUAAUAGAGCUCAAAUUCCUUUGAACAAGCAAAUGUUAGUUAUUUAUUCAAUUUUUCUAAAUGUAAUAGCAAAUUUGUAAUCACUCUUUAUAUUAUAACUAACACUUUAACUAUAGACUUUAUUACAAGUUGUUUAGAGUUCAAAUUACUAUGACACAGUAGCUUUGAAAUAUUAUAUACUAGAGGUACGUACUAAGUUUUUUGUUGACAUGCUAUUAUAUACCUUAGUUCUAUUGAUUUAAAGUUGAUUUUGGAAUAUAAAGGCUUGAAUAAAACAAAUGUGAUGAUAAUUGUACUCAGUAUUGAAAUGUCGACUUUAAAUUAAUACAGUUAAGGUAUAUAAUUGACAAAAUGGUGUAUUGUUUGGGUUUUUACAGGAGAGUCGCGAAGUAUAUGUCUGAUUGUGAUUCGUUAAAUAAUAAAUACAAUAUUGUAACACUGGAUGGAUAAUUGCACUCAAAAAUAUAGACACAUAGAUACAUUG